AUGACUUUGAUGCCUUCAGAGCUGUCUAUGAAAGCGCUGAUGGCACCCUUUGUGGAUACCGGAGAUGAGCACUUGAAAGAUGUAGCAACCCGAGUUAGAAUCUUUAGAGCUGCGUUCGAAGCGUGGGAAGAUCUGCAUGGGGUAGCAUCAGGAGAUCAGGUCGGGUUUUCGAAUAUCCUACAGCGUCUUCGAAAUCCUGGAAACUCUGCGAUUGAUAUUCGCAAUGCAAUACAGAGAUACGACGAAUUUCGAUACUACGUCAACCGACUCGGGAUUACACUCUUUCCUGGCACAAAUUUAGCCUUUGGCGACCAUCUCUUAUUGCAUGCUAGCUUCUACAAAGCAGGUAGAGGCAUUGUAUUGACUCUUGGUGAUCAUCAAGUCUACAUGGUAUUGACAUCGAUUCGAGCAUUUCGAAGAAUGGGUUGCACUCUUCCCAUUGAAAUCAUGUAUCUCGGGGAAGAAGAUCUUGGGGAAGAAUUUAGGGUGAUGCUGGAGGAGAUACCAGGUGUGAUUACCCGAGACCUGAGUAUCAUGGUUGAUGACCAAGGCUGGGAACUGAAAGGCUGGGCGAUGAAGCCUUGGGCAGUGCUCAUGUCCUCGUUCCAAGAAGUUCUCUUCAUGGACGCUGAUGUGUUGUUUUUCGUCGAUCCCGAGACCCUGUUCGAAGACCCACAAUACCAAGCCACUGGAGCGUUGUUCUUCAAAGACCGCAACUUGGGUCGUGAAGAGAAAAGAAAGUGGCUGAAGAAAGUGCUACCAUCACCGAUAUCCGGGAAGGUGAAAGAGAACCGUUUAUGGACAGGAGAAAGUGGCCACAUGCAAGACUCUGGAAUCGUCGUCAUCGACAAGUGGAUACAUUUCGUGCCGGUACUCCUUGCAACGCGGCUGAAUGGAAUUGACCGCGAUGGAAACAGCGACACAGGUAAGAAGGGCGUAUAUGAGAUGGUUUAUGGUGAUAAAGAGACAUUUUGGCUCAGUUGGGAGAUGGCUGGAGUACAUGAUUAUGCUUUUCAUAGCGGGCCCACUGGCAUCCUGGGGAUCCUCAAAGAGCCCGAGGCUGAACGAUCGCGGGAGCCGGAUGGUGGAGCCGAAGAAACAGACACUCAAGAAGAGGACCAAUCCUCAAGAGUAUCGGCCAAGGUCACUAAAGCAGUCUCGCCACAAAACCAUACAGCUUGUUCACCUCAGCUACUUCAUCUUGGUAACACUGGCAGACCACUCUGGCUGAAUGGAUGGAUUUCGCAAAACAAGUUUUCUGCACCAAACGACGUCGAUAUUGACAACUUCCAGGUGUUCCUCAAAGAGCCAGUCAAGAAGAAUCCAUCGAGUAAAACUGAGAUGUGGGAAUUGGAGGAGAACAAUGUUUGUUGCUUAACAGUUGACAGCUUUACCGAGAUAUCUAAAGACGAUAAACAUGCCUUGGAGGUGAUGAUUUUGCUAGCGAAAGAGUACGAAUGGGAGGUGUAG